AUGGCGGCGACGACUACGACUAUGGUUUUGAUGGCGAUUGCUCUCCCUGAGUUUUUAUGGGUUCGUUGGUUCUUCAUGGAGGCGAGCAAACCAAGCUCCUUCCUUCAACUCCGGGCUUAUAAUCUAGGAUAUCGUAGAGCUCAGAAUCGGACAUGGGAGGUGGGGAUCAAUCUUCCGGAAUUUAGGGGUUUUAUCUUCUCGGAACAAAUCACACUAAUGGAGAUGAUCAAAGAUGCAGACUUUGAUCUGGGUUUUCUCUGGGGAGGCUGA